UAUUCUUCCGCCUAAAGAUCAAUAAGAAAUUAAAAAAAGUUGGGUUAGGGAUGUUGUCAAGUAAAGGUCAGUGUUCUGAGAAUUUAUUUUUUGUUUUUGAAAAAUCCAAGUCAUUUUUUCAAAAUUGAUUUUUGAAUCAUUUGUGAUGUCAGAUUGUGACGUUCAAAUCGACGGCCACUUCGUAGACCUCAUCGACGACGAGUGGCGUGCAGAUAGUUUACCCGAAGACGACAUUGAGGUACCUCUCUACGAACUGUCAGAUCCAGAGGCCGACUCUACCGACUCCCACUUGACUUUAAAAGAACAAGAACAAAAGUGGACCGAUAUUAUGUUAAGCUUGCUUAGCGAACAGUAA